CUCUGCAUUCUCAGAUUCUCAUUGCAUGUCUGCACUCAUAUUUCCUAAUAGCUUAUUUAUUAUAAUCCUUUUCUCCACUUGUUUCAUUCCUUCAUUGAACAACAAGCCACCUAAACUACAUCAGAGAUUUCAAGGUGCUGUGAGAAGAGAGAGAGGAGAGAGAGAGAGAGAGAGAAGCUUCUAUGUAUGGUUCUGAAACCUUAUUAGUCGCUAUGGUUAUGAAUUUCAUGGCCUUAGUGAUCAUAAAGUGAGCUGCUUAUCAGGAAGUGAAAGCUUGGAGCAGUGCUGUAAUUGAUCUAUUUGGUUUCCAGUUCUUGUUUUCUUCUGUUAUAAGCUCGGAUUAGGAGAAAGAAUGAUGAAAUCAGCUCCAGCUCCCCAUUCAUCAGUGAAGUUUACUACAGAACUUAGCUUUCAAGUAAAACUCCAUGCUUUUCUUCUAUGGGCUUCCAUUGGAUUCUUAAUGCCUGUUGGAAUCCUCGUAAUUAGGAUUUCUAACAGAGUUCAAUGUGGAAGAAGGCUUAGAUUUCUAUUCUUUUCUCAUGUUAUUUUGCAGAUGAGUGCUGUCCUCCUUGCAACAAGAGCUGCGGUCCUCUCUAUAAGGAACUUUGAUAAUUCCUUCAGCAACACUCAUCAAAGGAUGGGUUUGGGCAUCUAUGGCUUGAUAUUGGCUCAGCCCUUGAUUGGCUUCCUAAGGCCUCACAGAGGAGUGAAGCUUAGGAGCAUAUGGUACACAACUCACUGGCUGCUUGGAACUGCUAUUUCCAUCAUAGGAAUCAUAAAUAUUUACUUUGGGUUGAAUGCAUAUGAGAAGAAGACAUCAAAAAGCCUGAGGAUUUGGACUCUUCUCUUCACUGCCCAAUUAGUGAUCAUUGCCUUUAUAUAUCUUCUGCAAGACAGAUGGGAUUAUAUCAAGAAGCAAGGAGUCAUUCUUGGAGAUGAACAAAUCUCUCCCAGUGAUAUUCAAUUGAUCAAUAAUUCUACAAGACACACCAACAACAAAGAUCUGCCCUCCAUGCCUUAGCUUCAUUUCAUUUCUUCUCUCUAUUGCUAUAUAAUCUCUAAAUUAUUCGUAUGUAAUUAAUUUAAUCUCGGAGUAUUAUAUUUAUUCAAUUUAGCCAUCUGAAUGUAUAAAAUUAAUCCAAAAUAGUGCUUUUACGGUCAAAUUGGGAUCAAUUUUAUAUAAUUGAGGGGCUAAAUUGAAAAAAUAUAGUACUUGAAGAAUAAAUUGAUCGCAUUUUAAGAUUUAGGCUUAGUUUGGGACAGCUUUAGACCGUUAUUUUUUCCUGUUUUCAAGAGAUUUUUUUUACUAAAAAGUAGUUUUAUAAAGCGGUAAGAAAGCUGUCCCAAACGAAGCAUUAAUCUUCUAUAUAUAUAUAUACAUAUAUGUGUACAUUUGCAUAAACUUUAUUUGGCUUGUAACAUCCAUUGUAAUUUUGCCAUUGCAUUGGCUUUGAAGAGGCAAAAGAAAUUGUAACAUGAUUUAAUUAGAUUUCCCUGCAUCUUUAUCAGCCAUUCAUCAACUUAACUGCCCAAAUCUUAAGGCAGAAGGGAUGGAUGGGAUGAUGAGGAUAACAGGAGGUUGGAGAAAAGACUUGAGAGUUUUGAUUGGAGAUGAGAUUUAUCUGAUUUGUUGUGUUCC